AUGGAGGUGGAAGGCAAUCUUCAACACGAGGCUGGUUCUAGCGCGAGCACCUCUGCACCAGCAAAUGCUCAUCAGCGCAGCGUAUCCAAAUCAGGAGGUGAUGGCAAAGCGUCAUCGGCGAAAAGUGCUGGAAAGGACGCUUCCAAGGCGGGACCUAAGGGCAAGGGGCAAGUCGGCAAGGCUGCCAGCGCAAACGCUAAUGAAGCCAAGUCCAAAGGCAAAGGAAAGGACAAGGCGGGAGGCUCGAGUGCUGGGGGAGGGAAAUCUGCUGGCUCAUCCACGAGUGCGGCCAAGGAUUCGCAGGCUGCAGCGUCUACACCUCUGGGCGGCACGCCUCUGUUCGCUCUGACCAGAGUUGCACGGAUCAUGCGAGUGAGUACCGUUGCUGGUGUUUCUUGUCCCAAGAAUGGUAGUGGAAAGAGGACCAAGCUCGCCCAGUGCUGAUUCUGGUCAUGUCAUGCACUCGCUACAGGCGGACGAAGACGUGGAACAACUACCAAAAGAUAGCGUGCGAGCCAUGGCGGUAGCUACCGAGAAAUUUGUGCAAGUGCUAGCAGAAGAAGCGUAUUUGGGAGCCAAGGCCGAAAAGAGAAAAGUGGUGACGUACAAGGAUUUGUCGAAUCUGGUUCAUAGAUCGAGCUUUAACUUUUUGGACGAGGUGAUUCCCCAACCCACAUCGCUCAAUGCGGCACUGGUCAAGAGGGCAAAGCAUUUGGAGGAUGUGCAAGCUGGCAAGCUGUCGGCAGGAGGAGCGGCAAAUGCAAAGGUUGGGUCGACUGGUGUGGACCCUGCAGCCGAUUUGUCGAGCGGCUCAGCAUUCGCUGAUCAGUCUGCAUUGUCCUCGAGGAAUGGAGGAGUUGGUCGCUUGCAAGUCAAUGGGUUUGGCAACUCGGCUUCGAAUGGACAUGCGCAGUCCGAGGAGGAAGCGCCCCUCACGAGCUCCGACGAUAAAAUGCAGGAGUAA